GGGCAACUCUCUUCCCUCAACUUCCCAUUCCCUCCCUUUCCACGAGAGCAUAUCAAAAUGUCAACCUCGAAUCCAAGCAAUAACCGUGGCGCUCGGUCGCGGUCGCGCUCAAAGCGAUCGACUACCAAUCUCAGCAAUCUUCGUCUAGCACCAUUGUCCCAGAAAUAUACCACCAACAAUGGUCCCUCCACCGCAGGCUCUGAACACCAAGACGAACGGCCCAAGACGCCAUCAGACGAGGCGUAUGCCCGGCAGCAUUCUAGCUACCUUCAGGGCAAAUCCGCUCCUACCACUCCCGGAAUCUUGAGCCGCAGCUCGACCAGGAGAAGCUUUUCGGGUGGUUUGAGUCGGCGCGAUGAUCAAAUGUACGACGACGAGGAUGACGAAGACGGAGCUUAUACCUACAACAAUUCUCGGGCUGCUUUCCGCUCCAACUUAAAAGCAGAGGGUGACAUUCAUCGCUCGCAGAGCGACGGCACAUUCCUCACGACUGCAUCAGGAGCCACCACGCCAGGUGGCAGGCAAGGACAUCGUCGCCACCUCUCAGGUCACGGUCCUUCCUCAUCGAAGAAGCACCCGGUGCAUGCGCGCAGCAAAACCGGCACUUCCACGCCUCGCGCUCUCGACCACGACGACAGCUGGCUCUCGCACACUGGAUCGCGGACGUCGGCAAUCUUGCAAGAGAGCAAGGGCCAGUCUUGGCUCUUGGCUCGUGACCCACCACCGCAAUCCUCAGAUGACGAAAAUGAGGAAGAGAACUACGAGGAAAUGGCGGUCCUCAGCGCAAGCACGGCAAAGCUCGAAAAGAUCGCAUCACGCGGCUCUCAAGGCGAACCAGCUUCUGCAGAGCGCCGUUCACGGUGGGGCAGCCGCUACGGAAGUCGCUCGCAGAGCACUCGUACAAGCCGCUACGGCAGUCCAGUCGGCACGCGCACUCCUCGCCCUGGCCGUGACGCUAGUGGAUACUUUGAUGAUUACGCAACUAGCUACAAUACUGCAAUCACUGAGAUGCAGCAGCGCGCUUUCGUCGAAACUCCUUACCCACGGGAGUUCACCGAGGACCAAGCGGAGGUUGAUCGUCUGAGUAAUACCAACUCCUUCGGUCUUGGUUCUGUCGUCGACAGGCUGAUGAACUUGCGCGUAUUUGGUGCUGCAGGUGGCGACGGCGUCGAGACGACCGAUGACGAGAGCGGUCGCGACCAAGCAGAUGAUACUGAAACGGAAAGCGAAGCUAAGGACCGGAUGGCAAGGGAAGCUCUGCGCAGAAAGCAAGAGAAAGAGAAGCUCGCUGCUCUGCUUCCUGCUCCGACUGCCGAUGAAAACGGCGAUGGACGAGUCGGCACAUGGCAAGAUGCUGCUUGGUUAUUGAGUGUAGCUAGCAAGGCUUUGUUCUAGAGACGGUAGUUCGCGGAUAAAUGGCUCCUUAAUGCGAUUUUGUUACAGGUAUAGUUACAGUAAAUAGCUGUGAAUUCGAUUCGAGCGCGCUGCUGUCUUAUAUUC